CCUCCGUUAUCUCCCUUCUCCCUUUUCCCAACCACUUAUAAUAAUCCCCCCUUUUUCACAAUCCACUACAUAAAAUCUUCCUUUCCCUUCACCCCUUGCCCUCGCCGAUGAGAAUCCCCUGUUUUAUUGGCGGCGUAUAAUCCGAGGCGGAGCAUGGCGGCGGCGGCCGGAAUUGGAGUUCGGAAGAAGAAGAUCUUUCCUCAUGCUUCUAGCCUUGCUUCCAUUGAGUCCUUAUCUCUGCCUCUUGUUCAGGAAAUUGUAUUAACAGCUGAUAUUGGAUGUGCUGAGUGUCAGAAGAAAUUGGCCAAUAUACUUUCUAAAAUGAAUGAUACAGAGUCUGUGGUGGUGAAUUUGUUGGACAAGAAAGUGAUAUUGACUCGAAGAUUGCAGAUUCCAUCCAGAAUUUCAACGAUCAAGAGAUUGCUUGGUUCUCCUUGCAGAUAACUAUAAAUCUUAUAAAUAGGAUAUUAUCUUCUUCAAUCACGUUGGUAGAUAAAUAAAGGAUCCCACUGCUCGUUCUGUAGCUUCAAAGAAAAAAGUUAAGAUAUUGCCCUUUUUUUCCCCAUCUCUUUGAAUAUAUUUGCAUAGAAUAUUAAAUAGUGCCUUUUGGAUGCAACAAAAUCGUCGUACUACUUCAAAAGAUGAUAUUUGUCGGAGCUGAACACUGUUUGAAGGGUUGUAUUUAGCUGGAAACUUGAUUUUAGUGUAACACAAUCAAAUGUUUAAUUGACGGCUUUCCUCUGAAUGGUGAUCUUGCUUUGAAGUUCUUGUUUUUCA